UCAGCGUCCACAGUUGAUCGCAUUGAAUUUUACUUGUUCAAAAACCAUGGCUGUUACGAGUGUGAAUCUUUCCACGUGCAUGUGGCAGCUACGGUGAUAAAACGAUAAAAGUAUUUAUCCCAUUUAUCGAAAAAAACUCUUUUACGCGUGAUCAGAAAUUUUUCGAAGGAGAACUUUCAAAAGUCGCAGAAUAAUUUUAAUUACUUAAAGUAUGGUGAAUAACGACGAAAAAGUAUUCAAACGUCGAGUGUUGAAAUUACUUUCGCGUAAAAGGAGUUAUGGUUUGCUUCAACAAGAAAUGCAGCAGUUGGCUAAAGGAAGUGCGGAGAUGACAGAGGUGUACCGGCGAUUUUCCGGAAUAAAAAUUCAGCCAGAUUUAGAAGAUCCAAAGAACGACAAUGUCAAAGUCGUGGCACCAACGGUCAUCGCUAAAGAUUACGAAACAAACGCGAGGUUGAUGGAAGCCAUGUGUAAAAACAUAUUCCUGCGAAAUUUCGACAAGUCUUUCAUUCAAGCGUUCAUCGAUGCCAUGUACCUGCAAACGAUACCAGCGGGUACGCGCAUUAUCCGGCAAGGCGACUGUGGAGGUCCACAAUUGUACAUUUCCGAGAGCGGAACCUUCGACGUGUAUCACGGCAACAAGUACGAGAGCAGCUUCGGAGCCGGUGUCGUGUUCGGCGAAUUAGCCAUUCUGUACAACACAAAAAGAUCGAGAUCAAUCGAUGUUAGACAAGGUGCCGAGGUUUGGGUCUUGGACAGGAGCGCCUUCGAAGCGGCCAUCCUGAAGGAAAACGUCACGAAACCCAACGAAACGAUCGAUCAAUUGCUGCAGAUUCCCGUAUUGGUGACGUUGCCGAGGCAUAUUUUAACCAAAGUCAGCCAGCUCGUCGAAACGGAAUUUUUCGAGGAAGACUCUAGCAUUAUCAGGCAAGGAGCGCCCGCGACCAAGUUUUUCAUCAUAAUCGGCGGCUCUGUGGCGCUGAGCCGCCGCGAAAGUGCCGAGGAAAGCCCGAUCGUCGUUGGAAAAGAGCACUACUUUGGCGAGCAGGCGUUCUCCGGUGACGAGGACGAAGUCUACGAUGUCACUGCCACCGCGCUCAAGCCAGGCGUCGUUUGUUUGACUCUCGAAACUAAAGCUUUGCUCGAUUGCCUGGGUAGCCUCGAUCUCAUUCAGAAAGACAAGUGGAUGUCGGAGCUUAGGACUAGAUCCAACUCGUACUCGAUCGAGUGGACCAACAAAUACCCGGAUCUGAACGUGACGGAUUUUAAAUACAUCGAGACCCUUGGCGUGGGAGCCUUUGCUCGGGUCGAGCUCGUUACAAUUCCAAACGUACUCGGCGAGAGUUUCGCCUUGAAGACGGUGAAGAAGAGUCGCGCCGUCGAGCUCGAGUGCGAAAAGUACUUCCUCGGCGAGAAGAAGAUUAUGCAAUUCUGCAAUUCACCGUUCGUGUGCAGGCUUUAUCAAACUUAUAAAGACGACACGUAUAUUUACUUCUUGAUGGAGGCCUGUUUGGGAGGCGAUUUAAGUACUUACCUGGCGCGCCACGGACCCUUCGACAACACACCGGCCAAAUUCGUCAUGGCUAAUAUUGUCGAGGCUAUAGCUUAUCUGCAUAAUCACGGAAUAGUAUACAGAGACCUCAAGCCAGAUAACGUCGUGAUCGAUAGCCACGGAUAUCUAAAACUCACAGAUUUUGGCUGCAGCAAAAUGAUUGGGUUGGACAAAACAUGGAGUUUUGUGGGAACUCCAGAGUACAUGGCACCAGAGAUACUCUUUAACAAACCAUACGAUAGGGCAGUCGAUUAUUGGUCGAUGGGAGUACUGAUGUACGAAAUAUUGGUAGGCCACCCACCAUUUCAAGAUAACGAAAAAAUAAUUCUGUACAGUAAAAUAUUGAAAGGCUUUGAUAGCUCAAGGGUAUACGGGGGUGUACUUCGAAAGCCCGCGGAGAAUCUCAUUCGUAGUCUCUUGAGAACUGAUCCGUCCCGAAGAUUGGGCAACUUGCGCGCUGGCACCGCAGAUAUUCGCAAGCAUAAAUGGUUCAAAGAUUUUGAUUGGGACUCAAUACAAGAUAUGUCGCUACCUUCUCCGGUUAUUCCAACGAUACAAAAUCAUUUAGAUACAAGAAAUUUUGAAAAAUACCCUUGUAACGAUGAGGAUUUUGCAGAGCCGGAAUUCUCAGGUUGGGAUAAAGAUUUUUGAUGAAUCGAGUACGACUUUGAAACUAUGAAUUUUUCUAUCAUCGAUUCAUUUCAUGAAUUGUAUAUAUGAACACAUUUAAUUCAUAAAUUCAUUUUUAAUCCAUGUGGCUGAAAAAUAGAUUCAAUGUUAUUUUUUAUGUAAAUAAAAAAACAAGACAUCGAAACCUACGAAAAGUAAUUACUUAAGACAUAAACAUAAACAUUUUGUUAAAAAUAUUAAAUUUUACACAUCAGUGAUCACCCAAAAAAAUGGAAAUGGAACCAA